GUGAGAGACGCUUUUCCUGUUUUGGUUUACCCAUACUUUAUUGCACAGUCUAUGGUUUACACAAGGACAGGUCAGGAGGGUGUAAUAAUAUAAACUGAGACGCGCAGGAAUGACUUUACUCGUUCUAUUAUGCGUGUUUAGUCAUGUUUUUUACCUGCAGGUUUCUGCUGCGCCGGUUAAUAAUGUCUUCAAACACCUGCAGAGCGCAUCUAAAUUCUGGCAUAUCUCAGACCUGCACUUGGAUCCAACCUACCAUGUCACAGAAGACCACACCAAAGUUUGUUUUUCCUCCAAGGGAGUUCCUGCAUUGGAUCCAGGAGUGUUUGGAGAUUUCCUGUGUGAUUCCCCAUACCAGCUCAUUCUCUCAGCCUUCAGUUACAUGAAACAAGUAGACCUCCAGCCUGACUUCAUUAUAUGGACAGGAGACAGCCCUCCACACGUCCCAAAAGAAGAGCUUUCCACUGAUAUAGUGAUCAAUGUUAUUGCCAAUAUGACUCGCACCAUACGUCAGUUCUUCCCAGAGCUACCAGUUUACCCGGCCCUGGGAAACCACGACUACUGGCCACAGGAUCAGUUGCCCACAUCUCAAAAUGCAAUUUACGAUGCUGUAGCCAAACUCUGGUCUCCGUGGUUGAACCCAGCAGCUGUAGCAACUUUGCAAAAAGGUGGCUUUUACUCUCUUGUGAUCAAACCUGGCCUACGUCUGGUGAGUCUCAACACAAACCUGUACUACAGUCCUAAUGAAGUGACUGUAAAUAUGUCUGAUCCUGCUGGGCAGUUCCAGUGGCUGCAGGAAACGCUUGAGCUCUCAAGACAAAACAUGGAGAAGGUCUAUGUAAUUGCUCACGUCCCCAUCGGUUACCUACCCUUUGCUAUAAAUACAACAGCCAUCCGAGAAAGCUACAAUGAACAACUGGUCAAAAUAUUUCGCAACUACAGUGACGUCGUCGAGGGUCAAUUCUACGGUCACACUCAUCGAGACAGCAUAAUGGUUCUGCUGGAUCACAAAGGGAAACCUGUGAACUCUAUAUUUGUCACACCUGCUGUUACACCUAUCAAAAGUCUAUCGGAGCCAUAUUCGAACAAUCCUGGCCUCCGCGCGUAUCUGUACCACCCUGAGAAUUAUGGUUUACUGGAUAUUUGGCAGUUCUAUUUAAAUCUCACUGAAGCAAACCUGGAAAAAAGGUCAGAGUGGAAGCUGGAAUACAUUAUGACUGAGGCUUUUGAUAUUGAAGACAUUCAGCCCCACAACUUACAUGAACUUGCUCUUAGAUUCGAGCAGCCACAGAGCAAAGCCUUUGAGAAGUAUUUUAACCAUUUUAUGGUGAGCUAUAACUUAAACAUCACAUGUGAGGGUAUUUGCAAAAUGGUUCAGGUGUGUGCUGUGCACUUUUUGGAUCGAGAGACCUACUUGCAGUGUAUGGCGAGGGCCGGGAGGCCAAAAUAUUGAGCUUGCUGAAGUGCAUACUCUAAAAAAGGGGUUUUAAUCUUUUUUUUUAAAAUUACUAAUAUAAAUCAGGGAACUUUUUUUAUUUAAAUAAUAAUAAUAAAAGAGGGAACCUCAGGAAAACAUGUCUCACUUAACCCCAAAACCAAAAAAAGACUCUUUUUACUCUUUUUGAUUUACAUUACAUUUGGUUAUUUUAUUUUUUUUUGUUAUAUUCAUGACCAUUUAACCACAUUUCCCCCUAGACAUUCUCAAUAUUAUAAUGUGUCCAUGAGUUUACUUUUAUUGGUAAUUGUUAUUAUUAUUAUUAUUGGCCACUAUUCGUAAUUGUGUCUUUGCUGUAAUAUAGUAAAAAAAAAAAUAUGGAAAAUAAUAAUAUGACAAAAGACAAAACACUAUGGUAAUUAAAUGCUUAAUUUUAAGCAAAAAACAAUGUAGUUAUUCUUAUUCAUUUUGGGGUGAAACAAUAUAUGGUUUUUAAGAUUUACUUGUGAAAACUGAUUUAAGAAUAUAUAAAAAUAUAUUUCUUUAAAAAUAAUUGAGAAAUGAAUUUCUGCUAGAAAUUAAAGGGAAAAAAAAAUCUUUUUAUUUGAUUGGACCACUCUUCUAUGUGACUGAAUGUAGCCACAGUCUUCCUUGCACAAAAAUAAUAAAUAAAAUAUGAUACUUUAUGCAAUC